AUGGAAGCCAAAGUGUCAUAUAUAUUUGCCACCCUCUUUUUGCUAACUUACACAGUUAGUAGCCAAGCCAAGAUUUCAAGGGUUGGAACCAGUACCAGGGUCAUACCGAUAUAUCAAGUACCAAAUAAGGACGCCUUCAUACGUUUAAAUCGCAAAAAAACUACAGAAUCCAGCAAACCUACCGAGUUAAAGGAGUGUAACACAAAAAAAAAUCUGGUUCUUUCAAAGUUGCUGGAUAAAAAGUAUAGAAAGUUGGUGUUGGUGGCUACAGGUUCAGUGGUCUUUACACUGACCUGCUACAAAUUUGUAUCGAAAUUGGUUAACUAUCUGUUGUACUCAAGGUAUGUAACAAGGCCGUACCCGAAGGUGGCAGAUACAGUAGGCCAUGUUCUCCUGGCAAACACAAAAGACAGGCCGAGCGCAACAUUUAUGGACAAGGUGGUAAACCCAGUCGCGAAGCUGUUUGAGAAAAUGCCACUCCUCAAAGGAUUCGUGAGACCAGGGAUGAGGAGAGUGUCGACGUCGUCGGUCGUCGACAAGGACACCUACGUGGUGAUCUACUUCAUUAACGAUACCAUAAAUGAGAGAUACAAGAUGAUGGGACUCGAUCCGUCAAGUAUGCUCAAGAAGAGCUACGAGGCACUGAAGAGAAACGGAAAGAAGGUGGCAAUUGUGCUGGUGGACAUGUCAAAAAACUUCGACGCAAGCUACGAAUUCUUCAAGGGGAAGCCGUACUACGCAGUGCCCUUCGGAGACCUCAGAAGAAAGAGGAACCUGCAGACGCUGUUUAACCUGAUCUACGUGCCGAGCGUGGUGGUGCUGGACUCGGAGGGAAACCUGGUUAAAGACAGGUGCCUGAACCUGUUCUACGACAGAAUAAACGAGUUCCCGUGGAGGAACUUCAGGUUCCUGGACGUGCUCCCGGACUACCUGGUCGACGGAGCGAACCAGCCAGUGCACAAGAGCACGCUCGAGGGCAAGUUCAUUGGAGUGUUCCUCUUCACCGGAAACCCGGACUGGGACAAGGUGUUCAGGAAAAACCUGAGCAACAUGUACGAGUACAUGGACAAGGUGACGGAGGGAAAUUUUAGAGUCGUGACGCUCGAUUUCGACAAGGAGGGGCAGCUGAAGAGCGACAGUGAGGGGGCUAACCCGGAGUGGCUGACGGUGAACAAGAGCGACCAGAGCCACGCGUCGGCGAUGAUCGAGUUCCUGAACCUGGGAAUGCUAAACAGGUUCGUCCUGCUCGACAGCGAGGGCAGAGAGUACGUGUCCAACGUGAACAUCUACGAAGAGCGCUUCUACGAGCCGAUCUGGAAGGAGUACUCGAGGGGAGCGAGCAGAGUGAAGGGCGACAGCAUGUCGUUCUCGCACGUGCUCAAGAGGCCGAUCCUCUUCGUGCUCGGCGACGGCGAGGACGAAAAGGCGCUCGACAGCCUCGAGCUUGACCUGAACAAGGCACUCGCAGUCCACGAGGACAGACGUACCGGCGCCAAGUUCGAGAUUCUGCUGCUUCGCGACCCGAAAAAGUGCAAGGCGUUCAGAAAGCACCUCAAGUUGGACAAGCAAACGAAAAUGGUAAGCGUGCAGUCAGUUAACGACUGA